UCAUUUUCAAGCCUUGCUCCUCGUGGGGCCAGAAAUCUCUUUCAAGCUCCAGAUUGUAAAGUUUUCCUGGGUGAGCAGUGGGUCUCUGCUCUGGUCUUCAGGGGCUCUUGGAUGGGACCUUGCUCUGGAAGGAGCCAUGGACCUCUGGCUUUGGUCACUUUGCUUCCUGCCAGUGGCUGGGGCUCUGAAGAUCCUCCCAGAAGUAAAGAUGGAGGGAGUGCUGGGUGGAUCCAUUACCAUCGAAUGCCCGCUUCCCCAGAUGCAUCUAAGGCUCUAUCUGUGCCGGGAAAUGGCCAAGACUAGAGGCUGUGCCACCGUGGUGUCCAGCAAGAACUUUGUCAAGGAAGAAUACAAGGAACGAGUCACCCUGAAGCCUUGUCCAGAUAGGAACCUGUUCCUCGUAGAGGUGACAGAGCUGACCAAGAGCGAUAGUGGGGUCUAUGCCUGUGGGACAGGCAUGAACACAGACCAGGGCAAGACCCAGCUAGUCACCCUGACUGUCUUCAGUGAGUAUGAGCCAUUCUGGGAAGAGGAGCCGAUGCCUGAGCCCCCACCUUGGCUUCACAAAUUUCUACACAUGCCGGUGCCUCCCUGGCUCCAGAUGCCUGCACGUGACAGUUCUUUUGAAUUUGUACCUGAAGUUACCACACCAGCUGAAAGGACAGAGGCCCCUCCAGAAAUCCACUCCUCCCCCACCACCCCAACCUCUCACUACCUUCGAGUUUCCAGAGCGUCUUCAGUAGCAGCUGCCAACCCCCCAACCUUCCUGCCAUCUACCAGAGCCUCAGAGACCUCAGCUCCAGAGGGGCUGCUUAAGCCCCAGACAGCCAGCUACAAUUACCACACCAGGCUUCACAGGCACAGAGCCUUCCACCAGGACCCCUUGCCUGGGCUGGAAGGCCAAGGAUUUCACAUCCUGGUCCCCACCACCCUGGCCCUCAUCCUGGUGGCACUGCUGGGGCUGUUGAUGAAAAGGGUCAUCCAAAGGAGAAAAGCCCUCUCCAGGCGGGUCCGCCGAGCGGCCUUGAGGAUGCGUGCCCUGGAGGCGUCCCAGCGGCCCCCGACGCAGCGUCCCCGCGCCUCGCAGCCGCGCUCCCAGAACAUCUACAGCGCGUGCCCGCGGCGCGCCAGGGCGGCGGACGCUGAGGGUGAGGGGGAGGUACCUCUCCCUGGCCUCCGAGCGUCGGCGCCCCCUGCCGCUCCGCAGGUAUCUGAAGCUCUCUGGCUCCAUGCCCCGUCUCUGAAGACCAGCUGUGAAUACACGAGCCUCUACUUCAAGCCUGCUGCCAAAGCGGAGGACACGGAUGCUGAUGAUUAUGUCAAUAUCCCCUGUCUGACUCACCUAGCCAGCUGUCCCCCUGGGCCCAGACCCUGGUGCCAAUGAGUCCUGUUGAGCUGCUGGAUUCCAAUACUUGCUCUGUUUCCAGAGCCCUCAUUACCUCCCAUGCCAACCUUGAGUCUCAUUCCUGUGUCUCCUGAGAAUAGCUCAGUAACCUCUCCCAACUCUUCUCACACCCCUCUGGAGCCCCCUGUGGUUUUCAAGUGGGCCCUGGGCACAUGGAGCAUUUGUCCCAGUGCCAACUGCUUCCUCUCCAAGCCAUGGGAUUCCAAGAGUGUCUUCGCUGCCCUGGCUCUAGACUCAUGGCAUCCGGCUGGAGAUAGGAAUAGGUGUUGCUUCAGGAUACUUUCUCAGGCUUGGGUGUCACACCAGUAGAAGGCUCCCGGACCUUCUAGUGAGACCAUGCCUCAGUCCUGUGAGUUGGUUGAUAUGAUGAAAGGUUGUAAAUUUUCAGAGCCUAGGCUUGUUAGUGUCAGUGCUCCUAAAUCCUUUAUACUGUCUCCCUCCCUUGAUGUACCUAAGUGCUGUGACCCCAGUGUCUCCCCUCUUUUAAAAAUAGGAUAGCUUGUGUUAUCUCUUUAUCUUCCUUCCAUGGCUUAGCAAUGAUAUUUGUGCACUUUGCGUUGGUCUGUUUUGGCCAUCCCAAACUGUUAACAUCUCUCUGCAAUCAGAAAUGCCGCCUCAUCUCUUUGCCAGGUAACUUCUGGCAAGGUAGGGAGGAAAGUGGCUUCUUGGAGGGCCUACCACUCCGCAAAAGCACUUAUGUCAUGAAAGGAGAGAUCGCCCAUCCCCUGCAUAGACCUUCUCUUGAGUUUUCCAGGCAAGGGCAUAGGCAGACUGAAGUCAACUACAAAGUUCAGCCAGAGCUCGGGACUAGGGAUCACCCCAGUCUUGCUGUUAGGAAAAAGACCUUUCCUGGAGGCAUAUCUCUGCCUUACCGGCACUUGCCCACACUUAGGAAGAAGAGGCUGUCAGAACUGGGUUUCCUGCUUCUUAUUAGCAGGGAGUGGCAUCAAAGAUUGGACGGUCAUGUGAUGACACCAUUAGCCGUGUCAGCUUGACAAUGGCACCCUCUCCAGCAGCAAGUAAGAAUAAGUAGUAUAAGAAAGGAGGGCCCCCAAGAAGGGAUGGGGAGAAGGGGGUGGGGAGAAAUGAAAUGUUUAGUGAGCCUGCUUCAUGCCUGGCCCUUAGCCUGUAUCUUGUAUCUUCCAUCAUUUACAUUCCAAACAGAUGCCCCUCACCUCCUCCCCAUUGCUGUGUUCCUGCAGAUCUCAUGGCAAUAUGGUUUCUAUGUCCUAAAGUGCAACUUCAGCACUUCAUUGUUCCUCAAUCAUUCAAAGACAGACAAAAAAAAUCCAGUUUAUUAAGUAUUUACUUAGCACUUAUCCACUGCCCCCCAUGGUGUAAAGCAUCAUG